AUGUCCAACAUCUAUCCCUUUCCUGCAUUUGCAAAUGUUUUACAUUUUCGUCAAAACCCUUGCAAAAUAUGCCAAGAUAUCUACUUACUACUGGAGCAAAUUCAACGAGCUUCGACGAAAGGCGGGGCCUUUACCCAAGAGAUCAUCACUGAAAUGGCUCAGAACAACGAACGGCCAAUAAUUUUUGCAUUGUCAAAUCCUACAAAGAAUUCUGAAUGCACUGCGGAACAAGCCUUUAAGCUGACAAACGGCAAAGUACUGUUCGCAUCUGGUUCUCCAUUCGAAAACGUUGAAGUGGACGGGAAAAUAUAUAAACCAGGUCAAGGAAACAAUUCUUAUAUUUUCCCCGGGGUCGCAUUAGGUGCUGUGUUGUUUAAAGCAAAGCACAUCCCUGACAAAGUGUUCCUUUUAGCCGCUCGUAAAGUAGCUGCAUUAGUUCCUGAUAAAUCACUUUUCAAAUACUGUCGAAUUUAUCCGCGCCUUAAGAACAUACGUGAAAUAUCUGUCCAAAUUGCCAUGGAGAUUGGCAACUACUUCUACCACCACAACUUGGCGACACUUCAUCCUGAGCCCGAAGAUAUGGAAAUGUACAUUCGAAUGAACAUCUAUUCAUCCCAAUACACGGAUUUGAUCAACAAACCAUACGAGUGGCCUCCGCAAGACUCGAAACAUGGAUUCCCGGUUCCAUUACUCGAGCGAUUAUCAAUGGAAGACGAGUGA